AUGUUGUCGAUAUCGGUUUUAGCUCUACUCGUGUUCUGUGGGGUGCAAACAAAAGCAAUACAGGAAUGUGAGCAUGUUGAACAUCAAAGCUAUGUUUGCCGUGAGAUCGAAAACUUUGAGCAGCUGAGUCAAUAUAUUGAAGAAGAUUGGCAAAGCGUGAAUAUUGUCAACGAACAUACUGACAUUGAAAAUGAUAACAGUCCGCUUCCUAAGCUAUCUAAGCUGCACGCACUGGAUCUGUCACAGUCUGGUGGCUUGACGCUGGGCAGGAAUGGGUUCCGAGAUUUUUCUUCGCUGCAGCGAUUAAAUUUAUCGCACUGUCAACUCGAGGAGCUGCGGGGAAAACACUUUGUGAACAACGCGACCUUGGUUAACUUGGAUGUCAGCGACAACGACUUGUUGCGUAUCGACCGCUCUCUUAUGAGACAGAUGCCAAAUCUUGUCUACGCUAACUUCUCAAGCAAUUCAAUAGCCCACGUGGAGCUUGAUGCCUUCAAGAACCUUAACCACUUGAUACUCUUGGAUCUCCACACCAAUGAACAGGAGAACAUUACAAUAGGCUCCAAUGCCAAUCUGCGGUACUUAUCCAUUGGCAACAACAAUGUUAGAGAUUUUCAGUGGUGUCGUCUGCGAGGGCUUCCACAGCUGUACGAACUGCACUUGGACAGCAACUGGCUGGAGGUUCUAGACAUGGGCAUUUUCUAUGUGUUGCCUCAGCUGCGUGUGCUCAACGUUUCCAAUAACAAUAUCUAUGAAAUUCAACGUCAAUUGUUCGUUGGUCCUGGACCUGACGUUGACCCUUUGCUGCAAUUGCUUGACUAUAGCUCGAAUAAUGUGGACUUUCUGGAGGAUUAUGUGUUUAAUAGGUUGCAUCACUUAGAGACACUGAACCUUAGGCUUAAUCAGAUCAGUAAGAUAUCUCCAACUGCCUUUCGAGGCUUGACCAAUUUACAAUCUCUGCAGCUGCAGGGAAACAAAAUAAACCAUUUGCCCGACGAGGUUUUUGCUAACUUGACCGCAUUACGGAUGCUCGACCUGAGUAAAAAUAACAUAAGGCAACUAGGCACCAAUGUCUUCGGAAGUUAUAUUCUGAAAAAUCUCAGUGCGUUCUAUUUGAGCCACAAUGACAUUGAGCAACUGCAUCCGCUGGCUUUCAGCUCCAUGCCAUUUCUGCAAGAACUGCGCCUGAGCCGCAACAAGUUGACUGCGCUGGACAUUCGCAUGUUUGCCCCGUUGCGUCGGCUGCGGGUGUUGACUGUGAGUGAAAAUCGGCUAGUGGAAAUCGAGGAUGAUUUGCUUAACACCUUUGACAAGCUAACCGACCUGGAAAUUAAUAACAAUCGUCUGACCUUUCUGCCUACAUUGAAGGAGCAGCUGGUCCUGCCGCUGUUGCGUCACAUCAGGAUCGAGGGUAAUCCUUGGCAGUGUUUGUGCCUGGACGAACUGACAAGCUGGCUGCACGCACGUCUUGUUAGCUAUGCGGCGACUGCCAGCGCCUAUUACAGUGGCCGGAAGCCUCUCUGUAUAGUCACGCCCAUGGAGCAAUGCUUGAGGGACUUGCAGGCGGUGCGCGAGCACGGAAUAGUCGAGAGCUACGAACACAUCUAA